AUGGGCGUUACUGAAAUCGAUCGCAACCAGCAUGCUGCUGCUGCUGUUGAUGCAGGCAGCGAGCAUGAUACUGAGAAGCGCGAGCAGCUGGCGGCUGGUCUCGACGACUCAGAUGGCUCCGAGGUGAAGCAGGAGGGUGUGGCACAGGUUGAAGCCAUCACUACCGUCUGGAGUACCCGCAUGCUCUGGACUGCUUUUGUCUUCCUCUACCUUGUCAGCUUCGUCGACGCUCUCCUCCAGUCCGUCCAAGGUGCUCUGACUCCCUACGUUACAUCAUCCUUCUCCCAGCACAGUUUGUUGGCUACCACAAGCAUUGUCGCCAACAUUGUGGGCGGUGUCUGCCAACUCACGAUCGCCAAGAUCAUCGACAUCUGGGGCCGUGUUGAGGGCUUCACCAUCAUGAUCUUCCUCGUAGUCCUCGGUAUGAUCCUCAAAGCAACCUGCACAUCUGUGGAGAUGUACGCGGCGGCGCAAACGAUCUACUGGGUAGGACAUAUCGGUGUUGGUUACAUCAUCUCGGUCGUGUUGGCAGAUAUGACGACCCUGCAGAACCGUAUGAUUAUGUUCGGCAUCAACCAGACACCCAUUAUUGCCAGUGUCUUCGCUGGUCCAGUCAUUGCGCAGUUGUUCUAUGACGAGGUCAACUUCCGCUGGGCAUUCGGGGCCUUCACAAUCAUCAUGGUCGUCUUCGCCAUACCCAUCGUCAUCAUUUUCUGGCUGAACCAGCGCAAGGCCCUGAAGCUGGGCGUGAUAAAAAAGGAGAAGUCCGGUCGCACGUGGUGGCAGAGCACCGAACACUACUUCUGGGAAUUCGAUGCUGUCGGCCUGCUCCUCACCACUGCAGGAUGGUCUCUUUUGCUGCUUCCUUUCAGUAUUGCCAGCAUUGCACCUGACGGAUGGUCUUCAGGAUAUAUCAUUGCCAUGAUUGUCCUUGGUGUCGUUUUGUUGGUCGCAUUUGGGCUGUGGGAGAAGUAUUUCGCCCGGGUUCCUUACUUCCCUUGGAAGUAUCUCAAGGACCGUACAGUUUUGGGCUCCUGCUUCCUUUACGGAUUUAUGUUUCUAUCUAUCUUCGUUUGGGACGCCUACUACUCAACCUACCUUCAGGUUGUUCACGACGAGAGUAUCACGAUUUCGAACUACGUUCUGAACUGUCUCUCUCUUGCAUCAGCAUUCAUUGCACCCUUUGUUGGACUUCUUAUCCGCUACACGAACGAAUACAAAUGGACCUCAAUCACAGGUAUUCCAUUCAUGACUCUCGGCACGGCCCUGCUUAUCCACUUCCGACGCCCCGAGACUGAAGUUGGCUACCUCGUGAUGUGUCAGCUGUUCAACGGAAUCGGCUCUGGCAUCUGGGCCCUCACAGCCGAGAUUGCCAUCAUGUCCUCGGUCAAGCACCAGGAAGUUGCCGUCGCCGUCGCCAUGUGGGGUCUCUUCGGAUCCAUUGGUGCUGCUGUCGGAAACACGAUUGCCGGUGCUUUGUGGACGAACAUCGUUCCUGAGAAGCUGACCGCUGAGCUUCCCGAAGGUAGCAAGGACCUGAUGGCUGAGAUCUAUGGCGACAUUACGGUUCAGCUGUCCUACCCCAUGGGUAGCCCUAUCCGAGAUGCCAUCAUCGCUGCGUUUGAUGACGUUCAGCGCAAGAUGGUUAUUGUGGGCUCUUGCUUCUUGCCUCUUAUGUUGAUUUCUAUUCUUGUCUGGAAGAACAAGAACCUGCGUUCAAGACAGCAAGAGCAAGGUCAAUCCAAGGGAAACAUCUUCUAA